GAGCGGACCAAACCGGAUGAAGGUCGCGCGCCCUCUUCCGCCCGUGUGCCGGUUCACAAAGACCCCUCUUCUAAGUGGGGUGGGUACGCGUCGUCCUUUUGCGCAGGCGCGCGGUGUGAGGUCCACGCUCGCCUCUAUGCCGGCGGGGCACGUCUCGCGGGUCCGCGCCUUGUAUCGGCGCAUCUUGCUGCUGCACCGGGGUCUGCCCCCAGACCUUAAAGCCCUUGGUGACCAGUACGUGAAGGACGAGUUUAGGAGGCAUAAGACCGUUGGUUCUGACGAGGCCCAGCGUUUCUUGCAGGAAUGGGAGGUGUAUGCAGCAGUGCUAUGGCAACAAACUAAUGAAAACAGACAAAAUUCAACAGAAAGAGUGUGUUUUGGAGUUGCCCUACCAGAAGAAAAACUUAAUGACUUUCGUGAUGAACAGAUUGGACAGUUGCAGGAGCUGAUGCAAGAAGCUACUAAACCUAACAGACAAUUUAGUAUUCCUGAAUCUAGGAAACCAGAAUUUUAGUCUAUACAAUAAAGCUUACACAUUUUAAGUUCAGAACCCUUUACUGGGUUUCUAAAAAUGUAUUUUUUCAGCUUUUAGGUUUUGUGAAUGCCUGGUGUUCAUGAAAUAUUCUUUAAUUUGGGGUUGUUAUUAAUGUUGUCUACAAUAUGUAGAUCAAUAUGGCUAGUAAACAAAGCUUUAUAUGAUUGAAGUAACAGUACUUGCUGGAUGGGAUUUGAUUUUUUAAGUACAUAAGAAGGAAUGACUUUAAAAUGACAAAGUUGUGGAAUUUUGCCAAAAGGUUUUUUUGUAUGUAAAUUUAAUGCUGUUCUUGUUCAAGCAUUAGCCUCAUGGCUUUAGCUUCAACAGACAAGUAUGUUAUGAUAAUGACAGAUGUGGAGUUCCAACAAGGUUAUUAUUUACAUACAUGGAUUGUCAUCCUGAAAGUUUCUUCCUUUCUCUUUUAAUAAUACAUGUAUGAUUAUUCAUGUAAA